AUGUUUGUCUACCGUCGUGAAGACCUCCCGCCCGAGCACGAGUUUCCUGCGGACCUUGAGAAAUUAGGAUACUUCAUCAAUGAGAACGACCAGAUCAGAAAGAUCGCGGACCCCAAGGAGGAUUUUCAGUACAAGAUCAACAAAAAUGCCCGUGUUAAUGAAAUGCAGAGAGAGGCGAUGAGCGAGUGCAUCCGCAAGAUCGUGGCCUCUCGCCUGCGGGAGCUCAACCUUACAACCCUGCGUCUUCCUCUCACUUGUAAAGUGAAUGAAGCUCAUGUUCCGAUCCUGGUGUCAUCUAACCUGUCGACGGCAUCUCGAAUCAUUGUCGUCUUCGGGGAGCCAGUCCAGGACCUUGGCAUCUGGGCGUAUCGAAGCAUAGGCGUGGAUGGCAUCAACGCAGGCUCCGCUGUCUCGUUUGCCAAAGCUGUCCUUCACCCCGAACCCAACGAAGAGGGAACCGACACGGAGUCCUUCUCCAAGCGCGGCGACACUGCUCUGGUGCUGGCCAACACCGGCCAAUUAAUUUGGCAUUGCGGUGCUCGUCGCCCCAUGACCCUGCCGUCCUGGCUUGCUUAUCCUCGUCCCUCCGCCGUCGACCCGCCCCUGAUGAUGACCCACAGAAACAAGAUCCCUUCCAACAGCUGCUGGGAAGAUCAUGUCGCCUGUGUCUUUGAUGAAAAUCUAGCUGACCGCGGACGCUUGGUGCGCCACGAUGCGAAAAUUAACAUCGUCGGAAUCGCCGAAGGGGGCCAGGGCGCAAUCCGCUACUUAUCUCUAAACUGGGAGCACUGGCGCGGAUACAUCUCUGCUAUUGUUCUCACCAACCCCCUGCACUCCGUAGACCUUGAACUGGCUGUCACCGAUGAGAUCUCCGGCUCGUUCCUUGCCUUCAUCUCCUCCCGCUGCCGUGCCUAUGUUAUCUCCGACGAACCGCAGGGUUGUCUGGUCCCCGGCGCCCGUCGGCAUGGCUGUAACUGCUACUCGUCUGGGGAGCGGCAGCACGUGGAGUGCAUCAUGCCGCGCGCCUGGAAGCAUAUGCUUGAGUGGCUGAACCGGGCACACGCGGAUCCGACCAUGCAUGAGGCGCAGCUGAAGCUGAAGGAGAUGGAUGAUAGCGAGUCGGAGACUGUGAGCUCGAAUGGAAGCAAUGAGUGA